AUGCAUUUGUCAAUGGAUACCCUGGGAAUAGUGGACGAUGGUUGCUUGGACAACUUUGACAUGGCAAAAGGUGCUGGGUCAAGUGGUGGAGGCAGGGUCCACAGUAUCGAUGUCAUACUGGGAUUCAGCAAAGACCAAGACCCAUUACUUCAUUCAGUAGGGGAGGAUGACACCCAAAAAACAAAUGUGGAAAAUCCACAACAUCCUGAGAAACAUCAAACGUCGGACCCCUAUGGGCAUCUUCCAGAACUAGGUGACAGCUCCCAACACUCCUACCGUGAAUCAGAUCUCUUCAGUGGUGACAAGUGUGAUGAUGAAAUUGGCGACCUACAAAAGGACGUGGACGUUCCUGAAGGGUCUCCAGAAACUAUUAAAGAUGAAGAGCAUGCUAAAAAGAAGCACAGAAGAAACCGAACCACCUUUACCACCUAUCAACUUCAUGAGCUGGAAAGAGCCUUUGAGAAGUCACACUACCCUGAUGUGUACAGCCGGGAGGAGCUGGCCAUGAAGGUCAAUUUGCCUGAGGUUCGAGUUCAGGUGUGGUUCCAAAAUCGGAGAGCAAAAUGGAGACGUCAAGAAAAAAUGGAUACCAGCACCAUGAAACUACAUGAUUCCCCCAUGCUAUCAUUCAAUCGUCCACCAAUGCCUCCUGUGGGGCCAGUGGCUAACCCAAUGCCACUAGAUCCAUGGCUGACUUCGCCCAUCUCCAGUGCCACGCCCAUGCAUACUAUCCCAGGGUUCAUGGGCUCACCACAGGGCUUGCAGCCUGCCUACUCGAGCCAUAGCUUCCUAAACACUGCACCUGGAAUGGUACAAGGUAUGCAGCCCAUAGGCAAUCCUUCCUACCAGUGCCCACCAAGCUUCAAUGAUAAAUACCCGAUGGAGGACGACAGGAGUUCCAGCAUUGCAGCACUCAGGAUGAAAGCCAAAGAGCACAUUCAAUCAAUGGAUAAAACCUGGCAGCACAUGUGA